AUGAGAAAGGCCACACUGCAGAUAUACGAGCAGGAGAUCGACGAUCUAUACCGGGCAGUCGAACUUGCCCAUGAUGGACCACCCGCUGGGUCCAACAGCACAGUCAACCUAAAUCGCCUGAGAUCCGUAGUUGAGGCUGUUCAGACCGCUUGCAAGGAAUCCACCACUGUCGGCGCAGUGGAUAUGGACGAAGAGCUGCUGGCUCGUGGGGUCGAUUCCCUUCAGGUUCUGUCGGAUGAUGAGGCCAGGCGCAAGUCAGAAGUAGAGAAAACACUGGGGCUCUUCAUCAACCGCAUCGAUCAACUCGCUGAGGCUCAGUCCCACGUUGUCAGCACGCAUAAGUCAAGGGACACUGACCCCCACGUUUGCAUUAUCACGGGAACCACAGGCUAUAUAGGAUCCUACAUAUUGCGCUCACUCAUGCAAAGCACACGUGUCGGGACUAUCUACUGCCUCGACCGCGGCUCAGACUCGGCAUCAAGACAGCGCAUCCACAACGCGGAGGUUGACGAAGAACUGCCUACAGCGUUCGCCGACACCGUUCACUUCCUGGAGGAAGAUCUAACCCACGAGACGUUCGGCCUUGAGCCAGGCAUGUUCCAAGCCGUGUCCUCAUCAGCCACGCUUAUCAUUCACACCGCCUGGCCAGUUGACUUCAACCUCCUCUUGUCAUCUUUCAUCGAGCACCUCGUAGGCGUUAAGAACUUAUGCAAUUUCUCUGCACAAUGCCCCCUUCGCCCAGAUUUUAUGUUCCUGUCUUCCGUCAGCGCCGUAAUGAACCUGGCUUUCCGCCCCGGCACUGUGCUCCCUGAGGAGAUCAUUGAAGACUUGUCCGCCCCUGUGGCGGCAGGCUACGGCGAAAGCAAGUAUCUGGCCGAGCGCAUGCUAGACCAUGCUGUCAAGAAACUACACAUACCCGCCACUGUGGUGCGAAUAGGUUCGGUUUGUGGGGCGACUCUCAGCCCCGGACGUUGGAACCCUAAGGAAUGGCUUCCUCGGCUCAUAAUGGGAUCCUUCAGCCUAGGCGUCAUACCGGAUUCGCUGGGUGACUAUGAUCCGGGCACUAUGGACGUAACCUGGCUUCCGAUAGACGUGCUCGCCGAUGUCCUUGUCGAAAUCGCGAUGAAGGAACGGGCUGCUCUGGCCCAAGGCCGGCUGCUGACUGGUGCUCCCGUUUACCACCUGAUGAAUCCGGAGCGAACUAGCUGGAGAGUUGUGUUACCUAGUAUCGUGGAAGCACUUAGGGGCCCGAGUGGAAGGGAAUCCCUGGGUGAGAGUCGUGAUGGACGCCCAGUCGCAGUUGGCCCACGUCUGGAAUGGCUUAACAAGCUUCGCGCGGUCACCACCAACCUUGGUGACCUCGGCUCCGCACAGGAAGCCACGCCCGUAAACCCGGCAUUGAAGCUUGUAGACUUCUACGAGGAGAAACUUAGAGAGAAAGUGUUUCCCCAGUGGGAGAUGGCCAAUGCCAUCUCUACCAGCCACUCGCUACAGGAAGCUGGCAGUGUCAUCCCACCAGACAUGGAGAAAUGGAUUCGAAUUUGGUGGGACAGCGAGGGCAUGGCGGUUUGA